GUGUUUAUGUUCUCAUUCAUUCAUUUCAAAGUCCCUUAGCUUGGUGAAUCAUGAAGGACUUAUCUUUCUUUCAGUUGAAAAAUGUUAUGGGAGCUAAGAUGAGGAAAGGCUUUAAAAGCUUCUGUAAUAACGAUACCUCUACUUCCACACUCAAUUAUCAAACCGCAGCCUCUGCUCGUCCUGCACUUUCAUCUCCUAAUUACACCAUGGAUACAAGUGAUGUGAUCCUAAACGAAAGGGGAGGAAGCCAGACAACAUUGGAGGAGAUGUUGCUCCAAUUAGACAUGGAGGAGAAAAUGGCAAAGCUGAACCAAUAUGGGCCGCAUGUCCGUCAUAGAAUGUCAUGUGUUAAUAGUUCUGACAUUCUACGAACAGCAAGGAACGCGUUAAAUCAGUAUCCCCGAUUUUCUCUUGAUGGCAAAGAUGCCAUGUACCGGUCUUCUUUCCGUGACAUGUCUCCUUUACUAAACACUGCCAGAAACUGCAACCGCAAAAUGGACAUGAAAAGUAGUCAAACUCAAAACAUGCCCCCCACAAUAGCAGGAGAGAGAGUGAUUUGGUGUAAACCAGGAGUAGUAGCAAAGCUGAUGGGACUUGAGGCCAUGCCAAUUUCAAUGCACAGAAAGCAUAAAAAGGAUACAAUCAUGAGCGCAGUUAUCAAAAGGCAAAGCCUGAGGAAAAGAGCAGAAAGGUACGAGAUGGAGAAAAAGAGAUCAUCAAAAGGAACGACGGGCUGUGGUGGCUGCAACUCUAGAGAGAUGAAUCAGAACUCUUGCUCAAGAAAUGGCAAUUGUGCUAUGAAGCCCGUGGCGAUGGACCUCCAAGAAGUAGGCUGGCCAAUGCGGGGCGGGGUUUUGUACAGAAAUAAUGAUGCCAUGUAAGAUAAAAAUGUCACAAAUAUAUACAAAGAUCAGGAGUAGCCUUUUUGUGUGCCAAA